AUGGGAAAGUGGGGCUUACAGAGGAGGCGCUCGCACGGUGAGCUGCCGCGCUUACACGAAUUGGAGCGCGCUGUACAGACCGAGAUUAAGGACAUUUGCGGGCGGGAGGAACUCUUUCUGCGCUCGACGUCGGAGCUCACGUCGCUUAUGAAAAAGCUCGGCCGGACGCAGGGCCGGGCCUACUUUCGCUAUGUGCUGCGCGACGUUUUCGGCGAGAAGUCCAAAGUGUAUGAGGCCCGCGGCCCACCCUCGACGAAACAGGUGUGUGCGUAUGCUAAGAGCGUCAUCCAGCGACUGGCCAAGGCCAUCCACUUCGCGCCGCUGGUGCUACGCGCCGGCUGCCACUAUAUGCUCGCCGAAUUCCGCAAGGCCUUUCCCGGCUGUAAACAUGACGCGCGUAUCGUCGUGGGUAGUCUUCUCUUCCUGCGAAUACUCUGUCCGGCGCUCAUCAAGCCCGAGAUGUUCGACUUCCCUGAACAUACAGCACAGUCGCUACCCAUGGGCGUGCAGAUCGCCAAGAUUCUCCAGCACACGCUCACGGGCACGCCAGUCGGUGACAGCGACCCCGCGUUUAACGACAGCAACGCUUUCAUUUAUGCUUUCCAGCCCUACGUGGCCAGCUUCCUAGUGCGCUUUCCCCAGAUCCGCGCUGCGUUCGGUACUGAAGAACCGCAGCAGAUGCCAGAGGUGCGUGCUACUGCGUCUUGGGACUGCAGCAACGUGGCGAUCACGCCCACGACCCCCACGGGGGCCGACAGCUGGGCAGCUUCGCCACGCGCAGAGUCUUGGAACACACAUCAUCGCCCCAAUGGCAAGAUGCGCGGGUUUUCCAUGAGCUCAAACGACGCUAUGAAGAACAAGAAGAAGUUCUCGUUGCGCUUCUGGUCUAGAGGUCCAGGCGGCGACAAUGGCAGCGUCACCCAGGGGCCCACGCCGUAG